AUGGAAGAAGCGAGACAAGCCAUUGAUGAAGCAGAUGAAAUAAAAGCCGAGUAUGACAGUAGGACACUAUGUUUUCAUAGGCUGCCUCCAAACUUCAAUGUUACAAGGAGCUACGGAAUCAGCAGUAGAGCCACAAAGAAACUGGUAAAGUUGAAGGUAGUGUACAAUAAUGGUGAUAAUUUUAAUGAAGAUGAGUUUCCUGAUAAACCUCCAGCCAAUGUCGAGCGCAGGCACAUCGGAACCUCAGUCGUCGGAAUGGAAUGUUACCUUGACAAAGCCCUGGGCUACCUGAGAAAGAGAGACAUCCCAGUACUUGGGAUAUGGGGAAUGGGUGGAGUUGGGAAGACGACGCUGCUAAAGCUCAUCAACAAUGAAUUCCUUGGUGCUGUUGAUGGCCUGCAUUUCGAUCUUGUCAUCUGUAUUACAGCAUCAAGGGACUGCAAGCCAGAGAAUCUUCAGAUAAACUUACUUGAGAAACUUGGGCUGGAGCUGAGGAUGGACACCGGGAGAGAAUCCCGUCGUGCAGCUAUCUUCGACUAUCUCUGGAACAAGAACUUCUUGCUUCUCCUGGAUGACCUUUGGGGGAAAAUUAGCCUUGAAGAUAUUGGAGUUCCACCACCAGGUCGUGACAAGAUCCAUAAAGUAGUCCUAGCAACCCGUUCGGAGCAAGUGUGUGCUGAAAUGGAGGCAAGAACAACAAUAAAAGUGGAAUGCCUACCUCAAGAUGAUGCAUGGAAGCUAUUCCUACACAAUGUCACAGAAGCAACUAUCAACUUGGACAUGAGGAUACAACGUUUAGCAAAGGAGGUUUGUAAUAGGUGCAAAGGACUUCCGCUAGCACUUGUUUCUGUGGGGAAAUCCAUGUCCAUAAGAAGGCAGUGGCAGGAGUGGGAGGCCGCCCUCAGAUCAAUCAACAGGAGCUACCAGCUUUUGGAAAAUUCAAGACGGAACAGCGACAACGCUAUUCUUGCCACCUUGAAGCUUACCUAUGACAACCUGAGUAGUGAUCAACUAAAACAGUGCUUCCUGGCAUGUGUCCUCUGGCCACAAGAUUACUCAAUAUGGAACAUUGACCUAGUGAACUGCUGGAUAGGAUUGGGCCUGAUACCUAUAGGAAAAGCAAUAUGUCAAAGCCACAAUGAUGGGUAUUCCGUGAUUGGGCAGCUCAAAAGUGUGUGCUUACUAGAGGAGGGGGACAUGAGGCAAACCGAGGUUCGGCUUCACGACACGAUCCGCGAGAUGGCACUCUGGAUCACGUCGGAGGAGAACUGGAUUGUGAAAGCAGGCAAUAGUGUGAAGAACGUUACUGAUGUAGAGAGAUGGGCCAGUGCUACAAGGAUCUCACUGAUGUGUAAUUUCAUUAAAUCUCUGCCUUCUGAGCUCCCAAGCUGCCCAAAAUUGUCGGUAUUGGUGCUUCAACAGAACUUCCAUUUCAGUGAGAUACUACCAUCUUUCUUCCAAAGCAUGUCUGCACUCAAGUACUUGGAUCUAAGCUGGACUCAGUUUGAGUAUCUUCCAAGGGAUAUCUGCUCCCUUGUCAACCUGCAGUACCUGAACCUUGCUGACUCACACAUAGCCUCCCUGCCAGAAAAGUUUGGGGACUUGAAACAGCUAAGGAUACUGAACCUCAGUUUCACAAACCAUCUGAGGAACAUACCUUAUGGUGUGAUAUCCAGGCUCUCAAUGCUCAAAGUGUUCUACUUAUACCAGAGUAAGUACGCAGGCUUCGAGAAAGAAUUUGAUGGUAGCUGCGCAAAUGGCAAACAAACUAAAGAGUUCAGCUUAAAGGAACUGGAACGCUUCGAGAAUGGGCUAGCUCUCGGUAUUACUGUUAAGACAAGCCGUGCUCUUAAGAAGCUGUCCAAACUUCAGAACAUUAAUGUACACAAUCUUGGUGUAGAACAACUUGAAGGAGAAUCUUCCGUCAGCUUAAAAUUAAAGAGUAGCAUGUCCGUGGUGAACUUCAAAAUGUGCCUCGACAUUGAAACCUUGUCAAUUGAAUAUGUCGAUGAUAGUUACCCUGAAAAGGCAAUUCCAUAUUUGGAGUACCUCACCUUCUGGCGCCUGCCGAAACUAAGUAAAGUAAGCUUUGGGGAGGAUCUCCUCUAUAUUCGUAUGCUGAACAUCGUUGAGAACAAUGGACUUGUUGACCUAACCUGGAUUGUCAAAUUGCCAUACCUGGAGCACCUUGACUUGUCAUUUUGCAGCAUGCUCAAAUGUAUCAUAGCUGAAACGGAUGAUGGAGAAGAAAGUGAAAUCAUGGCAGACAACACCAGAGUCCACGCCUUCCCUAGGCUCAGAAUACUACAGUUGAACUACUUGCCAAAUCUGGAAAUAUUCAGCAGGCUUAAGCUGGACAGCCCUUGUUUGGAAUACAUGGAUGUGUUUGGGUGUCCAUUGCUUCAGGAGUUUCCUCUCCAAGCAACACAUGAAGGGAUUACUCAUCUAAAGCGGAUACGAGGAGAGGAGCAAUGGUGGAGCAAACUACAGUGGGAUUGCAAUAAAACCUUUGAUCAUUACAAGGGAUUCUUCAAAGUGUUUGACAAGAACCUGGAGACCUUUGAGCCAACAUUGGCAGCAAGUUUAUGUCAUGCUAUUCCCCUUUUUGCUAAGAACUUCGAUAGCAACUAG